AUGGUGGACAGGGGCCCCUUGCUGACCUCGGCCAUCAUCUUCUACCUGUCCAUCGGGGCGGCGAUCUUCGAGGUGCUUGAGGAGCCGCACUGGCGCUCGGCUACCGACGACUACAAACGGCAGAAGACGGAGCUACUCAAGCAGUUCCCCUGCCUGGGCCAGGAGGGGCUGGACAAGAUCCUGCAGGUUGUAUCAAAUGCUGCUGAUCAGGGAGUUGCCAUCACUGGGAACAACACUUUCAACAACUGGAACUGGCCUAAUGCUGUGAUCUUUGCUGCUACUGUAAUCACUACGAUCGGUUACGGAAAUGUUUCUCCAAAGACACCCUCUGGGCGUCUCUUUUGCAUAUUUUAUGGGCUCUUUGGAGUUCCUCUGUGCUUGACGUGGAUCAGUGCUCUGGGGAAGUUCUUUGGAGGACGUGCCAAGAGGCUAGGCCAAUUUCUGACAAAAAGAGGAGUAAGCCUGAGGAAAGCACAAAUUACAUGCACAGCUAUUUUCAUUGUUUGGGGUGUCUUGGUCCAUCUGGUUAUUCCUCCUUUCGUCUUUAUGGUGACUGAAGGAUGGGAUUACAUUGAAGGUCUCUAUUACUCGUUCAUUACUAUCACUACCAUAGGAUUUGGAGAUUUUGUUGCUGGUGUAAAUCCAGAUGCAAACUAUCAUGCCCUUUACAGAUACUUUGUGGAAUUGUGGAUCUAUCUGGGACUAGCUUGGCUUUCACUCUUUGUCAACUGGAAGGUCAGUAUGUUUGUAGAAGUCCACAAAGCAAUCAAGAAACGGAGAAAAAAAAGAAAGGAGUCAUUUGACAACCAUCCUCGGUCUAAAAAACCCCUUCAAAUGGGUACCUCAAAGGAUGUGAACAUUUUCAGCUUCCUUUCGAAAAAGGAAGAGACGUACAAUGAUCUUAUCAAGCAAAUUGGAAAGAAGGCCCUGAAGACAAACAAUGACAAGAUUAUUAAAGUAGAAAACACCAAACAAAAUAUGCAGAAUGCCAUUAAAGAUGCUCAGGUGACUUACACAAAGUCAGAGUCAUUUGAGUAUGAUGAGUCUUCCCUGGACAUUCAAAAUGGUCAUGUUUUGAGACAUCUGCAUGAUAAACGUAUUGGAGACAGUCCUAUUGAAGGAAACAUGUUUGUAAACCAGCUGGACAGGAUAAGUGAAGAAGAAGGUGAAGUAUGGGAUUCCAGAGACUAUCGACCCUUAAUAUUUGAGAAUGCAAAUAUAACAUUUGUAAAUGAGGAUGAUGAUGAAGAGGAAGAUAUCUCAGAUGAUGAGGAAACUUCAAAAUCCUCAAUGGAUGAUAAUAUUGUAGAGGAACCUGAAAUUGCAAAAAACCUAGUAAAAUUCCCAUCGUCUGAUGAAUCUACCUUUACCAACAAUGAGCUAGAACUUUCUGUGCCUUAUGAACAACUAAUGAAUGAAUAUAAUACAGUAAGCAAUGCAAAGACUGCAACGUGAAGUGAACUUAGUAGUGGUUUUCUGAAAAUGAUCAAUGCAUAUCGAAGAAAUUAACAGAGCAAGGAGAAAAGCUUGUUUUUGCAGCUUUUCCUGUCUCUUUGAAAACAAAAGCAAGUCCCAAACUAAUAACCUGCAGUGUCCUUUUUCCUAUAUUAAGUUGGUUUCUGAGCCCAUCUGCUAUGUUUAUCUGAAAAAACUUGUAAAAUACCAGUUGAAUUAGGAGUCUGACUCCUUCUUGGAAUUUUAUGGUUCUCAAACAAAGUAGACAAAAAAAGACUAGUUAAUACACUGGACCUGCUCUGCGUUUAUGCAUUUCAUUGAGGAAUUAAUUAGUUUGGGAGUGUAACUACACAGUUGCAAAGAGUUUGUUUCAGGCAUCAAAUGUGUUCGGUUACUCCACUAGCCCUUCACCUCUGAAAACCUGGAUCUAAGUAACGCUUUGAUCAGAAAUGGAAGCAAGAGGUUUGCUUUUUAAAAAAGGUACUCGUUGUUACCACAAAAAAAUGGUGAAACCACAAGUUGUUCUUGAUGAGAAACUUUAAAUGGAACACUAGAGACGAACAGAUCUGAGCUGAGGUGUGCUGGCAGACUGAGGAGGAAGCUUUAAAACAUCUGUCUAGAAUAUGUCUGUGCUUGCCAAAUUAUAAUGAAUUGCAAUUUUGUGAAUAAAAUAUUAAUAUUUAAAAUUCCAUGGAAUGGAUUGAGAAGGAGCUCUCUAACAAGGAAGAAAUAUCUGGGAUGAAGCUUACCAAUUGGGCUGCUAAACUACAACUCAGCCCCAGAACUGUUGAAGAGUAAGGAGACUGGAGGACCUACUGAUCAAAGCCUGUAGGAGCACAAACAAGAUGCAACUUUUUAAUGUUGAAAGUGUCCUUCCACUGUCCAUUUCCUAGAGGAAAUACUUGAAUGAACUUUAUACAGUAUCUAUGUGUGUGCAGUUGAAGUUUCAGUGAUGCUGUUCGUCUGAGGGUAAAAAAUUGCCUUUGGAGACACAGAUAUUCUCCAAACGCCCUAAUGCCUGUCAGAAUAGACCUGUAGCACUACUGCUGAACUGUGCAGUGUGUUAGUCAGUAUUGUUAUUUGAUGUUCCUCCCAGCCUUGGUACUUCAGACUAGACUUGAAUGAGAGAUGAUUUUUGAAACAGUUGAUUAUAAUUUGCUUAUUCGAUUUGUUUUAAAGCUUGACCUAUGUGCAUAUGCAAUGGUUAUUCUAUCCUACUUUCAAGAAGGCUGAACAACGUCAAAUCCUGUGCAAAACUGUGAUAUGAUCAAGUGACUUGAGAACUUAAGUCACUUUUUAAAUGGGACUUUGGCUCUAAACUCCUGAAAGUAAUUUGGGUUGGAAAUGGGCUUUUAACUGAGAAGGACUUAUCUCUUUUAAUAAUGUUUAAGCCCAAAUUAUUUUGACUACAAAGAAAAUUAUACCAUGGUUUUUUAUUUUUCUUUCAUUUUCUGUACCAUGCAUUAACCCUGACAGCUCUCACAAACAUGGUUCUUGAUUGCAUGCUGUCAAAAAGAACUGACUAUGGUUAUAUCUGAUAUACUUGGAACAGAAAAUAGCCAAGGCCUUUGAAUAUGACUUGAGUAUGUCAAGUUCUGUUAUUUUGUAUAGUUUCACUGUAUUUAUGUUGUUGCUCUAUGUCCUGAAGUUUUCAAAGUUCAGUGAACAGUUAAAGGUUGUCUCAUUCUCAUUUUCAGUGUAAUGCUGGCAGACUUGCUAGCUUUGCAAGAAAAGCGUAUGGAAUCUUGCAGUGCUAAUCUUUAAUUACUAGACUUUUGUAAUAACUGCGAAUAUUGGCUGCAGCUUCAAUUGCUGGCCACUCCUUUGGAAACUGGCACUCUGGAUAUCCUGCUGACAAGAAGUUUUGAAGUCAUGACUGUGAAACAAGGGACUGUCUUUCUCUUUUAUUCUGUCUUUAAUCUUCCAUGUAUAUGAGAUUUCUUAAAUAGAAAGUGAACUGUCUUACUGACAAAAAUGUGGCAUCAGUGUAGUUGGAGUCAGAUGUUAAUGUGUAUUUGAUUGGUGAAGGGAGAUUGUAAUUUCAAAUCCAACUGUAUAUGUUAUUGCCAUUUGGAGUAGGGGUGGCUGGAUGAAUUUGACUUGUGCUAUCAAGAAGAUUCUGGUUUAAUUCUAAUUGACUCCCCCACCAUGUACACACCUCUGCAUUGUUUUUAAAUGACUCCAAGCCCUCCUUCAACUUCUUUUAUAUCUGAAGGAGCGUGGUUGACAGCUGUACCUUGUAGCUGUAAGAUAUGUUAGGUAAGAAGGCAUACCUGGUACAGCAGCAAGUCUAGCCUUUUUUUUUUUUUUUUUUUUUUUUUUUUUUUCUUUUUUUUAAGAAAAUUAGAAA